AUGUUGUCUCGCAAUUCAGUUCGUGCUUAUAGCUCGGCCGUUAAUGGUAUCAAAAUUGCUUCAAAGAACUCACCAAGCGAACUUACUUCCCUUUCAGUUGUUGUUGACAAUGCAGGUUCCAAGAAUGGUAAAUUCGGUACCGGUCACUUGUUGUCCAAAUUUGCCUUCUCCAACAACAAGGCCAAGUCAGCGUUGAGAUUCACAAGAGAAUCUGAGAUUUUGGGUGGUACAUUUGAAGGUAAAGUUACCAGAGAUGCAUUGGUAUUGAAGACCACUUUUUUGAAACAAAACUUGCCAUACUAUGUUGAGGAAUUGGGUAAUGUACUUGCAAACACCCAAUACACUCCUCACGAGUUUAACGAAGUUGUUUUACCAUCAGUCAAGGCAGAAGUUAAGAAUGCAUUUGCAAACCCACAUUUCAAUGGUUUGGAGAAGUUGCACGAAAUCUCAUUCAGAAGAGGAUUGGGUGCACCACUUUUCUACAAUGAGUCUACUCCUUUGGAAGUUGAAGAUGUUAAGCAAUUUGCUGAACAAAACUUUAAUGCUUCAAACAUUGCCAUCUACUCAGAGGGUGCAGACGAGGCUGACUUGACUCAAUUCGUCAAGGAAUCAGCAUUUGCUGACUUGCCACAAGGUUCCAAGGCCUCAUCAGUCCCAGUUGACUUUUACAAAGGUCAAGAGGCUAGAGUUCCAGCAGUUGGUCAAUCAGCAGCUUUGAUUGGUCUCCCAGUCAAGCCAGCUGACUUUGGUAAAUACGAAGUCUUGUCUGCAGCUAUUGGCUCAACCACCUUAUCUUCAUCCAAUGCACCAUUGUUCAACAUUCCAGGCGCCACCUCCCACUUGUACAAAUACAACGAUGCUGGUUUAUUCGUCAUCUCUGUAAGUGGAUCAGCAGAAAGCGUUGCUCAAGGUAUCAAACAAGCUAAGAAGAUUGCUGACUCUGUGUCAUCCAGCGACUUGCAGAAAGCCGUUAAAGGUGCUGAAUUAUCGGUGGCAUUGCAAUCUACUGUUGCACACCCAUUGAGCAUACAAGUUUCUGCAGGCGAAGCACCAAUCAAGGAAUUCAACUAUGUUGCUGUUGGUGACUUGAACGUUUUGCCAUUCGCUGCUGACUUAUAG